AGAUAUUUACGAAAGAAUUCAUAGUUUCAGGAAAGCUUAGCGAGGUUUCAUCUGGUUCGGAGUCUGAGCAAGGGAGGACUUGACUGUAAGAGAGCGAUUUCGCUUGUAAUCUCUGUAAUUUGCGAUCUUGAUCGUCGAUCGUUGGAUGAUCUAAGGUGAUCUAGUGUGGGGGUUGAUCGAGUUGUGGCAUGUGGAUACGUCUUCGCGAUUCCUCCAAGCGAAUGCCAAGGGAUUAUGAUAACACGGUAGAUAAAGAAAAUUCGGCCCUUUUACAGAACAGUAUGGGGCAAGAGACCAUGAAUCCCUCUUGGAAGCUCUCUCUUCCGCAUGUGCUCGUGGCAACUACAGCUUCAUUCUUAUUUGGCUACCAUCUUGGCGUAGUUAAUGAACCACUUGAAAGCAUUUCAAUUGAUCUUGGUUUCAGUGGGAAUACCUUGGCAGAAGGUCUAGUGGUCAGUACAUGUCUGGCUGGUGCCUUCAUUGGAUGUCUACUCAGUGGUUGGAUUGCUGACGGGGUUGGGCGCCGAAGAGCUUUUCAGUUGUGUGCUUUGCCUAUGAUUAUUGGUGCUUCUAUUAGUGCAAUGACAAAAAGUUUGGAAGGUAUGCUUCUUGGGAGGUUUUUGGUUGGGACUGGAUUGGGUGUGGGCCCCGCUGUUGCAUCUCUCUAUAUCACAGAGGUUUCUCCUUCUUUUGUUCGGGGUACUUAUGGAAGCUUCAUUCAGAUUGCAACAUGUCUUGGACUAAUCGGAGCUCUGUUCAUUGGAAUCCCUGCCAAGAGUAUUGCUGGUUGGUGGCGUUUAUGUUUUUGGGUGUCUGCAAUUCCAGCUGCAAUACUUGCUCUUGCCAUGGCAUUCUGUGCGGAGAGUCCACAUUGGCUACAUAAGCAAGGUAGAAUUGCUGAUGCGGAAGCUGAAUUUGAGAAGCUUUUAGGAGGAUCACAUGUCAAAUCUGCAAUGGCAGAAUUGUCUAAGUUUGACCGAGGGGAUGAGACUGAUACUAUAAAGUUCUCAGAAUUGCUUUAUGGUCGCCACUUCAGAGUUGUUUUUAUUGGGUCAGCCCUGUUUGCUUUACAACAGCUAUCAGGAAUAAAUGCUGUUUUUUAUUUCUCUUCAACUGUGUUUAGAAGUGCGGGAGUAUCUUCAAACCUUGCAAACAUCUUCAUAGGAAUUGCAAAUUUAUCAGGUUCUAUUAUUGCAUUGAUUUUGAUGGAUAAGCUAGGGAGGAAGGUCCUCCUUAUGUGGAGUUUCUCUGGCAUGGUGAUAUCAAUGGCCCUGCAAGUCACUGCUGCGGGUCUUCCUGUAUCAGCUUCUGGAGCUUUGUACCUCUCUGUUGGUGGCAUGCUGCUGUUUGUCUUCACAUUUGCUUUGGGAGCUGGUCCAGUUCCUGGUCUCCUCCUAUCAGAGAUCUUCCCCAGCCGAAUUAGGGCCAAAGCUAUGGCAUUUUGUAUGUCUGUACACUGGGUGUUUAAUUUCUUUGUGGGCUUGCUGUUCUUGCGCUUGCUUGAGCAACUUGGGCCACAGGUCUUGUACACUAUUUUUGGUACCUUCUGCUUGAUGGCAGUGAUUUUCGUGAAGAGGAAUGUGAUGGAAACGAAAGGAAAAUCACUCCAAGAAAUUGAGAUAGCUCUUCUUCCGCAAGAUUAAAGUUGAAUAUGUUGUCAAAAAUGGUUGGAGUUCUUUAGAAGAUUGAAGCAUUGAAUGCCCUCGUGGAUUUGGCAGAUCAUCUUGGUUUGCAUGAAGACUGAAGUUCCGAUAUAGAUUCAACGGAAAGCUUCAGUGCCCAAGGGGUUGCUUUAAUCAUGUUCUAGUAGAUAGAAAUUUAGCAGGCAGGUUUUGACUUGCUGAGGCCAAUGUACCCCUAUAUGAGCUUUUAAUAAUUCAGCAUCUUGCAUGCAAGAUUUAUCCCCUAAAGCUGUAUAUUUACAGGAAAUAUGAAUGAUGGAUUCGAGUUCUGUUUUUAUAAAUGUUUAUAUAUUGCAGCUUGCAAGUUGGCAUGAUGGAUUUGAGUUCAUAUAUCUUAAAUAACUCUUGUAUAAAAAAAAUAUACUAGUUUUUAGA